GACAGUCCUUGUGUAACUUGAUAGUGAUAUCAUAGCAUGACGGACCAUGUGGAAAGGUGUCGAGCAGCCUUGAAGAGAUGUCCCCCCGGCCAUUCUCUUCAGUCACGGUCUCUCAACAAUCUCGCCAUUAGCCUUGGAGACAGAUUCACACAGCGGGGCGUCCCGUCUGACCUUGAUGAGUGCAUCGAGCUCCAUCGGGAUGCACUACUCCUUUGUCCCCCCGAUCAUUCCAAUUGAUCAUCGUCUCUCAACAAUCUCGCCAUGAGCCUUCGAGACAGAUUCACACAGCGGGGCGUCCCGUCUGACCUUGACGAGUGCAUUGAGCUCCAUCGGGAUGCACUACUCCUUCGUCCCCCCGGUCAUUCCAAUCGAUCAUCGUCUCUCAACAAUCUCGCCAUGAGCCUUGGAGACAGAUUCACACAGCGGGGCGUCCCGUCUGACCUUGACGAGUGCAUCGAGCUCCAUCGGGAUGCACUACUCCUUCGUCCCCCGGUCAUUCCGAUCGAUCAUCGUCUCUCAACGGUCUCGCCAACAGCC